AUAUUUUUAUGCAAGAAAACAAAACCAGGAUAUCUGAUGGACUGUGUUAUCUCCACAGACAGCUUGGAGCUACAGAUGCAAGGCGAGAAGUUUUAUGCUUGAACUUCAAAACUGAAUGGAAAGGAUUCAGAUGUUUUGUAUGAGAAUACAAGCAUUGAUAAUGACUGUGUGAUCAUGGUUUUGGAAAACUAAGAAUACAUUUCCUGGCUACACUUGCAGAUUUAUAUUUCUUAAGUAAAGCAAGAAUGAAGUAAUUUUGGUCUCUGAUGGAUGAAACCAAUUGGAAUGGAAUCUAACAUCUAUGAAGAAGAACAGGGGUCACCUUAUCUUACAUCUGCCGAGUGCCUGGAAACUCCAAAGGAAGCCAAGUAUGAAGAAUACCAAAGAAAGAGAGAAAAUCAGCCAAGUCCAUAUGAAUUUCAGAACGUGUUAAUGGAACCUGAGCUGAGCUUGCUGCCAGUGUCAUCAUUAUUGGACCACAAUGAGACAUCCUUACAACUUGGCAUGGCUUCAGGGCGUGCCAGUGCCAUCAACCAGCCCCAGACAAAGCACCUUUCUGAAGAAUUAUCCUGUUCUACAAAGCACACGUCAAAGGAAGACCCUUUAAACCUUCCCAUGCACACAGAAUGGCCAGUCCUCACAGGAAAAACUUCUGACAAGAAACCUGAAGCAAAUUAUGAGAUCAGAGUCAUAAAACACAAACCAUGUGCUAUCACAUUUUCUGAUUUCGAAUUUUUAUCACAUGAAGCUGACACUAAGCUCCAUAUUUGUGAGGCAGGAGAAGCAAAUGAUUUUUCUUCUGAAGAGGAAGAAGCAGAUAACAGAGGUGAUGAUGAUACAUUUACAGAACUGCCACUGUAUGAGGCAUUUUUCAAAGGUCUUCAAAGAAAGAGUGUUUCUCAAAGAAAGCAAGCUAAACAUGAACUUAUUAAAUAUCAGCACAUCUGUCAUUUAGAAGACUGCAAUAAUCAUUCCAAAAAGGCACUGAAGGACCAUGACAAGGAAGAAAAACACAUGGAGCUGGAGACCCAACCAGAAAAAGAAUCUGAAUGGCCAGACUCUAUGUCAUGGCUUAUGAAGAAACUGGAACAGUUGAACUUAGAUAUUGAAGAAGCUCUGAGUGCUGGAUCUUCUCCCUCCAGUACUCCUUGUAAAAGGCACAAGCAACUGUCCCCUGUUCAAGUAGAGACAGACCUUUAUGGAGAUCAUGAAGAAAAACGAUGUUGGACAAACAGAAGAGGAGACUACCAGGAUCUAAAUUGUUUACCUUACCAAGUGUCAACUGGAGCACGACCUAAAACUGAUAUGCUGUUUCAGAGGCUGUGCAAGGAAAAAGCAGGAUGCAGCAUGAGCCAGUGGCUCCCUGGGGACUGGGGCAGACACAGGAACAGAGAAAUCGAAGCAAAGGAAGCGUGUGACUGGUUACGUGCAGCUGGAUUUCCCCAAUAUGCUCAGUUCUAUGAGGACUCCCGGUUUCCCAUUGACAUUGCUGCUGUAAAGAAAGAUCAUGAUUUUCUUGACAAGGACCUUGUAGAACCUCUUUGCAGACGACUGAACACACUGAACAAGUGCGCCUCAAUGAAACUCGAUGUGAACUUCCAAAGAAAAAAGAGUGAAGACUCAGAUGAAGAAGACCUCUGUGCUAUCAGUAAUAAAUGGACUUUCCAAAGAACCAGCAGACGAUGGUCUCGGGUGGACGACAUUGACGCUUUGCUUCACCGCUCUGACAGACAUGGCUCUUCUGGGGACAUUAAAAUGAAAAACACGACAAGCAGUGAGAGCGUCCUUACAGACCUGAGCGAGCCUGAGGUCUCAUCGAUCCACAGCGAGAGCAGUGGGGGCAGUGACAACAGGAGUCAGUCUGGCACCAGCAGCGCUGCCAGGGAGACCUGCGACUGCUCUGCCCAUCAUGAUGUGGAAAGCACCCUGCUGCAGGACUCCACUGCAAUAAACACCGCCCUGUCCCCCAAGGACGGCCUGAAGAAUGAAAAUCCAACACGAGCCAGAGCGAAAACCUUUCUAAAACGCAUGGAGACACUAAAAGCAAAGGCUGUGCAUGGAAAACCAAAAGGCUCAGGAAGAACAGGUCCUUUGGAGAUCAGUGGACCGGUUCUCCAGUUUGAGCCGAAAUCCUUGAAAGACAUGCACUGUGUUCAGAUAGUCAAUGGCGAUCUCCAAAAUCUGGGGCAGGAUUCAGUCAAAAGAGGGCUUCCCUUUUCUGCCAAAUCCAGCAGUGACAGCAGUCAGUCCGAAAACAGCAGCAGUGGGGUGAGCACGCCGUGUUUGAAGGAGCGCAAAUGCCAUGAAGCAAACAAGAGAGGUGGGAUGUACCUGGAGGACCUGGAUGUUCUGGCAGGAACGGCCUUACGGCAAGUGGUGGACCAAAACCGCAAAAAUGAAUUUCAUUCCCAAGAGAACUUGGUUGUGCACAUUCCCAAGGAUCACAAGCCAGGGACCUUCCCAAAGGCACUUUCCAUCGAAAGCCUCUCACCUACAGACAACAGUAACAGUGUAAACUGGAGGACAGGCAGCAUCUCUUUGGGAAAGCAGAACUGCUCUACUCCAAAGGAAUCCGGACUGAUGGCUUGCUGCCCUAAAGAGAGCAGAAUUAGUAUUUAUGACAAUGUGCCAGGUUCCCACUUGUAUGCUAGUACUGGGGACCUCCUGGACAUAGAGAAAGAGGUCCUUUUUCCUCAGUUAGAUGACAUUUUGCAGCAUGUCAAUGGACUGCAGGAGGUGGUAGAUGGCUGGUCCAAGAAGGUGUUGCCAGUUCUGCCGGUUGGUGAUGUGUCAGCCAGGGAAUCCCCAUCACUGCCUUUCCAGUCGCCUACGCAGAUCACUCUCGAUUUUGAAGGACACUCUGUGUCUGAUGGCCGGACCACCCCGAGCGACAUGGACAGAGAUGGAACAUCCCUGAAUGAAUCCGAAGCCACUGGUGUUAGGGACAGGAGAGACUCUGGGGUGGGAGCAUCACUCACAAGGCCAAGCAGGCAAUUGCGAUGGCAUAGUUUCCAAAUCUCUCACCGCCUGAGCCGCUCCAUUGCAUCACUUCACAUCAGCAACCAGUCAGCAGCCCAGCUGAAUCUACUGCAAAAAUUCUCUCUGCUUCGUCUCACUGCCAUCAUGGAAAAGUACUCCAUGUCAAACAAACAUGGCUGGACCUGGUCUGUGCCAAAGUUCAUGAAGAGGAUGAAAGUCCCUGACUACAAGGACAAGAAUGUCUUUGGUGUGCCCCUGAUAGUUCAUGUCCAGAGAACGGGGCAGCCUCUUCCCCAGAGCAUUCAACAAGCCCUGCGCUACCUUCGGAGCAACUGUCUAGACCAGGUGGGCCUGUUUCGGAAAUCUGGAGUGAAAUCCCGAAUCCAGGCCCUGCGUCAGAUGAACGAGAGCUCCCCAGAAAACGUCAGCUAUGAGGACCAGUCAGCCUACGAUGUGGCUGACAUGGUCAAGCAAUUCUUCAGGGACUUGCCAGAGCCUCUCCUCACAAGUAAACUAGGAGAGACUUUUCUGCACAUCUAUCAAUAUGUCCCCAAGGAGCAGCGGCUGCAGGCAGUGCAGGCAGCCAUCAUGCUCAUGGCUGAUGAGAACAGGGAGGUUCUGCAGACUCUGCUCUGCUUCCUCAGCGACGUCACCUCCGUGGAGGAAAAUCAGAUGACUCCCAUGAACAUCGCUGUUUGUCUGGCCCCUUCCCUCUUCCAUCUCAAUAUAGUGAAGAAAGAAAGCUCCCCAAGAGUAAUACAGAAAAAAUAUGCAACAGGGAAGCCAGAUCAGAAGGACCUCAGUGAAAACCUGGCAGCUACUCAGGGACUUGCUCACAUGAUAAUGGAAUGCAACAAACUUUUUGAGGUCCCACACGAGAUGAUCACCCAAUCCCGAAACUCCUAUGUUGAUGCAGAAGUGCAUUCUCCUACCCUGGAUGAGCUUGGGAAACAAGUGGAUGAGGAAGGAGGGAACUAUCAGAUGUACCUGGAAACUCUCAUGCAGAAUCUCCAGAAAGAAGCAAAAGAGAAAUUCAAAGGAUGGGUCACAUGCUCCAGUGUAGAGAACGCAGAACUCGCCUACAAAAAGGUUGGGGAUGGGAACCCACUAAGGCUUUGGAAAGCCUCAGUUGAAGUUGAAGCCCCCCCUUCAGUUGUCCUGAACCGAGUGCUGAGGGAACGUCAUCUCUGGGACGAGGACUUCUUGCAGUGGAAGGUGGUGGAGAGCCUGGACAAGCAGACAGAAGUUUACCAGUAUGUUUUGAACAGCAUGGCUCCUCACCCAGUCCGAGACUUUGUCAUUCUCAGGACAUGGAGGACAGAUCUGCCCAAGGGGAUGUGCAUGCUGGUUGCCACCUCUGUGGAGCAUGAAGAGGCUCCUCUCAUGGGAGCUGUGCGAGCCAUCGUAAUGGACUCCCAGUACUUGAUAGAGCCCUGUGGCUCAGGAAAAGCCAGGCUGACCCACAUCUGCAGGAUUGACCUAAAAGGACAUUCCCCAGAGUGGUACAACAAAGGCUUUGGACAUCUGUGUGCAGCAGAAGUUGCCAGGAUCAGAAACUCAUUUCAACCUCUGAUUGCUGAGGGACCAGAAACAAAAAUCUGAGGAAGUAUUCCUGGAAGCAUGUGAGCAUAAAUCAGGUCUGGCAGGGAACAGGUAUACUGAAGGCAAAGGUCUUAUUUAAGCUGCAGAAAUCUGACCAGACCAGGGGUCUGCACAAAGCUGAAAAAGGAAUUUUAUAGGAAAGUUCUUUUAUUCUGGAGACUUCAUCUUCCCCCCCUCCCCCAUAUCCACUCUGUAUUAAUUUUGAUUAUUGAACUAAAGAUUUCUUCAGAGAGCUUUUAUUACUUUAAAAACAGAUUAUUGCCAUUACUUGUACGUUAUGUAACUCUGUUAUUUAAAGGCU